AUGGCGAUCUGCAGCAGUACUGAGAGCAAACGGACGUUGAAUUCUAUACAAAACUUGAUUAGUGAAAACAACCCUUACUACAGGAAAUAUGAGCAGGGCUGGCAGAAUCAAAUAAGACAAACGCUGAGCACGAACUCUUGUUUCUGCAAAAGUCCACGACCUAUGGGCGAUCCUGGACGUGGAAAUUAUUGGGCCAUUAGUCCAGAAGUAGGUACACUUCGUUUUCAUCAGCCGGUUCUUGGCACUAAGGCAGUACUUGGGACGAUGGUGAAUGGUGUACCACAUCCGCAGGCUCCAAAUGCUGUGUACUUCCCCACACCACACGAGGUGCAGGGUUGUCCAUCAUGCUCGAUCGCAUAUCCAAAUAUAAUAAAAUAA